AUGAAGUUCUCUCUCGCCGCCGUUGCACUCUCGGCCAUGGCUCUCGGAGCCAACGCCAUGCCCGCUGACAACCUCAAGGCUGAUGGAUACGCCGUUCGCCGCGCUGGCCUUGGACGUGUCGGUGACCUCUACCGCCGUGCCGCCCAGACCUCCGGCUCUGGUCCCACUCCUACAGGCGGUGCUGGUGGCUCCAAGCCUACCAGCCCCGCUGGUGGCGGCUCCGGCAGCGCUGGCGGCUCUCUGCCCGCCUCCUCCGGCACUUCUGCCCUCUCUGCUGCCCAGACCAUCGCCGCUGGCGAGUCCUUCGACGGUGGUAUGGUCAUGUACGACCGUGGUGUCGACUGCACUGGCCAGGCUGAGGGUGGUGACUCCGACGCUGUCUUCCAGAUCGAGGAGGGUGGCUCCAUCUCCAAUGUUAUUAUCGGCCCCAACCAGAUCGAGGGUAUCCACUGCCAGGGUGCUUGCACCCUGACCAACGUCUGGUGGUCUGCUGUCUGCGAGGAUGCUUUCACCAUUAAGAACCAAGAGGCUGGUGCCACCACCAAGAUUAACGGUGGCGGUGCUUUCAACGCCGACGACAAGGUCAUCCAGCACAACGGUGCCGGCACUGUCGCCAUCUCUGACUUCACCGUCGAGAACUUCGGCAAGCUGUACCGCUCUUGCGGCAACUGCGACACCAUGUACGAGCGUCACGUUACCAUCGAUGGCGUUGUCGCCAACUCGGGUGACAUCCUCGCCGGUGUGAACGAGAACUUCGGCGACACCGCCACCAUCACCAACACCAAGACUACCGGCGUGGAGACCAUCUGCGAGAGGUUCGAGGGUACAGAGGGCUCGGGCGAGCCCACCAGCAUCGGCUCCGGUGCGGACGGCAAGACCUGCAUCUACGGCUCCGACGUCACUGAGGGUUAA